CAGCCGCUCGCAACUGCCCACUGCAGCUAGCCUACAGCGGCCUAGGGGUGCACAUCCUUCCUCGCCUCCUCGCUGAAAUUUGUGGGUCACAUGUUUGUUGUCUUGGCAUAAUGGAUCUGAGGGACGAUUCAGCUGAGCGAACGCCGCUACUGCAGGAGCAGUCGGAUUCAUCGUUUCCUAGCUACAACGUCCAAGCCAGGGAUGAACUGCCACCACCCUACAGUCCUCAGUAUGCUGCCCAAGGGAACAUUGUUCCAUGCCGAGUCUGUGGCUAUGUCAUCGACAUCACCAAUCGCCGAGACCAACAUGUGGUCAAGUGUUCUCGCUGUAAUGAGGCUACGCCAAUCCGUCAUGCACCUCAUGGCAAAAAGUAUGUACGCUGCCCAUGCAACUGCUUGCUGAUCUGCAAUGUGACAUCUCAAAGGAUAGGCUGCCCGAGAGCCAAUUGCCAUCGAAUCAUCAACUUGGCUCCUAGCACGACCAACAUUCCUCCUGCCUCUGUGCCUGGACUUUGUAGAGUAUCUUGCGUUCAUUGCCAGCAAACCUUUUUGUUCAACACGUUGAGCAAUGCUCUAUCUCGAUGCCCGCACUGCAGAAAAGUCUCAUCUGUAGGUCCCCAGUUUGCCCGCACGAGAGGAAUUUUGUCGCUUAUCUUGGCUCUGGUGAUCUUGGCAAUCACGCUUGGAAUCACACUUGGGACAUACCAGUAUGCUGUUGAAAAGAAGGGUAUUUACGUUGUCUACGCAUGUGGCCUGAUCGCAUUCCUCCUGUUCCUGCUUCGCUCUCUCUAUUAUCUCACCAUGAGGGUGUCGCACAUUGAAGAGUCUGCGUGAAGUUGGAGUUACCAUGAUGUUGAUGACAAGGCAUUGGAAGCCUUUUGAAAAUGGCCGCACCUUAUGCUCUGGUAUAUUACUCCAAUAGCCCCUUCAUCCAGGUCUGAAAGCUGGAAGAAUUUUGACACUUUUUUUUUGUCAUUUUUCUUUGUGUGUGCUGCAAUUCUGUACAUACUAUUUUGCUCUUAAAGCACUGGUAAGGUAGCUCUGUUGUGGGCAUGUUUUAGUUCUCACAGAAGCACCCACCAGAAGGCUGUGUGUUUGUGUUGCGACAUGUAUUGCUUUUCCUUAUGUAAGAUUUGUUUUGCUAUUAAUUUUCGAACUGAUGUUUGAAUGGGAAAUAAAAGCACUGAAUUUUCCCUGACUCUCUAGUGCAGGCAUGGAUGUGACCGUGCUAUGUUAUGCUUUGACCAAGUGCUAUAACGCAUUCUAGCUUGAUGCAAUGCAAACCAGUAAAUAACAGCGUGAUGACAUGAUUUGGUGUAGACUGGGCCAACAUCUCCUGAAAUUGCAUUAGCUUUGGAUUUAAUUGCUCAUACAUAAAACAUGAGAUUGGGUGUAAAAAUGGACUUAUUCAAUUAUUCAAUCUUAUUUGUUUUGCCACCGAAUAACAAGAAAAGUAGUAUACAAUGCCUUUGGGGGAAUGUUUCCCCAGUAAAAAGAAAAAAAUCUGUUCCAGUCUCUUUGUGAACUUCUCAUUACUUCUAUUUAAACAGGCCUUAUAGCUAGCUAUCUAGCUGCAGGUUAUUCAACUGGUGCCAAUGAAAUGGGCAAUAAUGUUGCAAUAGGAUUAAGAGAAAUGUAAUUUGUCUGACUGCUUGUUAACCAAGAAUGUCUUAUGAGUAAUAAUUGCAUUACACACACGCACACACACACACACACAUAUAUAUAUAUAUAUCGUAAGAUAUGUAUGUUAAAAAGGAAAAUUAUGCUUCACUAGUUGACAAAAUGUUUGAAUUUUAAUGUUCUCAAUACUACAGCAUGGCACUAAGAGUGAAAGUCAUUUUACAUGCAUUGAAUAGCUAUAUUAUAUGCAGUCACAUUUUCAGUUUGUAUUUAGUAUUCGUUGCAUGACCAGCGGCACUUAGGGUCUAGAAAUUAGGUCUGAUAGUCAAUGACAUUUUGUGUGAUCUGUUCAUAAUUUGCUACUGUGUUCUGGCUGUUAACGAAAGAAUGGACUAUUGUUUUGGCUGUGUGCAUGGAAAAAAAAAACAUGCCUUGAAACUGGUGCUAUGGAGAGUGAGAGACUGUGUUUUACUAGGGUUAUGUCAUGAAUGUUGGCCAAUUGUUGCACAUGUGGACAAUGUUGUAUGUUGUGGGCUGACGACUGCAUGGUUUUUCACAGCUUCUGCGUGAAAGGCAUAACUAAAGUACCUGUUGGGGAAAAUAUAUGAAGGUGUUGCAUACCUGUACCUUGAAUGCACAAAACUAGUAGCAAGGCCCUUGUGGUUGGAUGUCCAGGAAAGAUUGACGUACCUGUCCACAAGCGACUCUUCCAUCACCAUUUCAUAAUGCACAUGGUUACCCAGGUCACGUGUAGUAGAGGUUCAAGCUAUAAAUUUAUUUAGAGCUUUUUAAAAGUGUUUUAUUUCUGCAUGACAAACAAAUGUUUUGUUCUUUUUCUGGAGAUACAGGCCUUUUAGUAGUUGCUUAUUUUCUGUGCUGUAUUGAAUUAGUACAUAUUUUUUAAUAAAUUUACUCCAGGCUUUAUGCUCUGCAAAAGUUGGGGCACUCAA